AUGCAUUUCAAACACAUUCUCUUGGCUUCAAGCCUAGCCCUCUGGAGUAGCCCCGUGGCUGCCACUCCCGGGAAUCUGAAUGGACUCGGCCCUUUGGAUUCCUCUAGCCUGUCUGUGAAGCGGUUUGAGAAGCUCGCUAGACGAGCUGAUACCGCCGCAUCUGAUCCGCUGGCAGGCUUGGAGGACCUUCGUGCUCGAGAGGAUCCUGAGGAUCCUGAGGAACGACCCUUCUCUGACUACUUUGAAUUUCCUGAACCUACGCCAACUCCGACCCCUUCCUCAUCUGAUCCAUUAGAAGGCUUGGGCGGCCUCCUUCGUGCUCGAGAGGAUCCUGAGGAUCCUGAGGAACUACCCUUCUCUGACUACUUUGAAUUUCCUGAACCUACGCCAACUCCGACCCCUUCCUCAUCUGAUCCAUUAGAAGGCUUGGGCGGCCUCCUUCGUGCUCGAGAGGAUCCUGAGGAUCCUGAGGAACUACCCUUCUCUGACUACUUUGAAUUUCCUGAACCUACGCCAACUCCGACCCCUUCCUCAUCUGAUCCAUUAGAAGGCUUGGGCGGCCUCCUUCGUGCUCGAGAGGAUCCUGAGGAUCCUGAGGAACUACCCUUCUCUGACUACUUUGAAUUUCCUGAACCUACGCCAACUCCGACCCCUUCCUCAUCUGAUCCAUUAGAAGGCUUGGGCGGCCUCCUUCGUGCUCGAGAGGAUCCUGAGGAUCCCGAGGAACUACCCUACUCUGACUACUUUGAAUUUCCUGAACCUACGCCAGCUCCGACCCCUUCCUCAUCUGAUCCGUUAGAAGGCUUGGGCGGCCUCCUUCGUGCUCGAGAGAUUCUUGAGAAAAAUGGUUAUCAGGUGCCAUCUACAUUUGAAAGACGCCUGGCUCCCACGAAGUCUGCAUGA